AGGGGAGCGAUGAGGACGAUGAGGACGAGGAUGGCGAAGAGUUGGGGGCUCGGGGCGGGAGUGCAGCUUUUCUCGUCGUCGUCGUCAUCGUCAUCGGCCGCGGGAGGGCGGGGCAAAAGCGCGAUGAGCGCGCUCGCAGCGUCGUCGGCCUGAGAGUACCAACGGGGGCCGUGGGGCAGCGCCGCGUCUGGCGGUGCGCGGGGCACUGAAAGGUUGGAAGGACGAUGUAGACGGCGGCCAGAAGCGUUGUGUCGAGACGCAGCGGCGAAUGGCGAGGGAUUGAGGCGCUGGGAGGGCAUUCGGAGGGCAUUCGGAGGCGGGGCUGCGGGAUUUCGGGAUCGAGGCGAGCGAUGGAGCCGAUGCGGGCGGUGCUCGCGGCCAAGUUUUGGAACGAGGAGGUGGAAUCGACGAGUUCUCUGCAUGCGGUCGUGCAUUCGGUGCCUUGCGAACCGCCCCCUCUCGGCCUCGUGCGCGGGAGCAGGUUGUCGCGGUCGCAACAGCUGCUUCUCAUCCAGCGAGUCUUCGGGGUGCCUUUCACCCCGUCCAUCGAGCCCCCCAAUGCCUGGAACAAAAAAUGUGGCGGUAUCGUUCUGGACCGCGUCAUUGCCAGUGCGGGCGGGCCGAAUUGGUGGGCUACAGUGACAGGGCGUGCCAGAGCGCAACGAUUCUGGUGGCUGGAGAAACAACGCGGAGAAAACAUAAACCAGACACCCGAGCCUUUGUCCCCUCAAGAAGAGGAGAAAUGGUGGCAUCGAGGAAAGCGUCUCUUGGACUCGUCCUUGUAUGCUCUUUCCACACGUUCACGUUUCAGGCUCAGCCCUCGCACCACCUUGAGUAUGAGCUCGGAGCUCGACUCUAUGACGGGAUUAUUUCCAGAAACUGAACAACCACCAGGUCGGGGACCCAAGCAAAACCCAUGGCGGGGCCGUGCUAGUCUUCGCCACAAGCGUGAACGACAUGACUGGAUUCUGGAAUCGGCCUGGCAUGAGCACUUCGUGGAUAGAGAAGCACGAUACUGGGAGGUACCCCAAGUCACAACUCUGGAUUUAGCCUCUGUAGGAUCCACGUCGGGCCUUCGUUAUAGACUGGGAUUGCACCAUAGUGCAGGGGCUCCAGUUGAGUGUCCCAAGAUAGAUGGGAGUGUUUUAGGAGGAGUCCCAGUCGGGGCAACGCCUGGACUUCGAGCCCAGGCUGCCAUAUCAAUGGAGAAAGAAAUGCAUGUGUGGAGGCCGAAAACAAUGUGCAGGAGACGCCAGAACAGAAGACCAUAUAAUUUACUGGCUGCUCGCCCGCAUGUUACUUUUUCAGGACUUGCUGGUGGUUUAGUCUGUGCAAAUUUGAAGAAGGGUCCCGAGGAGGUGACCUCACCCCCUGGUACACCUCGAAGCCCUCGACCUGCGACUUUGUCCCUCGGCCAGAACGCUGGUCCUUUGACGGCUGAUAUGUUCGUCUCACUAGGAAUCUCGGCACAAUAUGGUCUAUUUCAAAGGCCCUUUCUGGAUCAUACAAAAUUCAGUGCUCGGCUGGACAUUGGGGCAGCAUCAUCACUCCUGGCUGCCACCAGACACUCAGAGAACACUCCACCUUCCAGCGACACAAUCAAUGGGUGGAUUGAUAAGGGACUACCAACCGUCGCACUGAGUGUGCAGCAACAGUUGGUGGGACCAAUCCGCGCUCGUGUUGACUCCAGAUUCUCACUCGAUCCAGCAACCCUCGCAUCUCACCAGCGGCCGCACUUGCAAGAAGUAACUUAUGGGAUUGAUUGCGCUUUGGAGUCACUGGGUGCAGCCAAGCUCGUGGUCUGGUAUUCCCCUUCGAGGCGCGAGGGUAUGGCCGAGCUUCGAAUAUUAGAAAGAUGAUUGAAUUUCAGAUUCCUCCUGUAACGCCAAAAUGCAGGUUGAGAGGGGCAGAUGUGAAGCUGCUGGUAAAGCCGAGGUCAUGCAAGUUUACCCCUUGUCUCCAUUAAAAGAGUCAUCCCUUAGUCUGAAGGUACCUGCGUACCUAGAUACAACAUGGGCACUCAAUGCCUUCUACAAGCUGGAAUCUUGUGUUUUCAAGAAAACUCUCUCUACUUCACCACAGGUUACAAAACCUCCUAGGCCUAGGUUAUGAACGGAAAGUGGAGAUGUGACUACGAAGUGUCCACAAUUUUUUGAGAAACCCUUGUUCUGAGAAACUUUGCCAAAACGUUGGAGCAGUACGUGCCAAUUCAGCUUGCUAAAGGCCUGACUUCAGCGCCUUGUAAAGGGUGAUCUUUGUACUGCUGCUGGCCAUCUGCCUGAGGGUUACGUACCCGGCGAUGCAGUCGGCCAGGUACGUAUAUGAACUCGAGCAGCUGGAGUGUGAACUUUAGAUUUCUCAUGGAUAGUAACAGCCAGCAGAUAGGCUUCAUCUGUUAGCUUGUGAGCUAUUGCCAGUUCUCGGCACUAACUUGCGUGCCCGUCCGUUGCAUGUACAUGUCGACAAAUUUUUUUUUGUUGACAGUGAUGGCUAUUAUAUCGUGUAAAGUCAUCUUCACAUUAUUCCUGGUCUAUUGGAACA